AUGGAUGUAACGACGAUCGACUUCAAGAAAUCGUUACUGCAUGACCAAACUUCGGGUUCAGAUCUUUGUGACUCGGACUCCCUUCAUAUGCAAACGAUCCGAACGAUUCUGAGUUUACCGAACGAUGCUGAGUUUCUUAUUGUCGAUCGUGCUGGGACGAUAUUGGCCAUGAUUCUUGUGGGUUGCGUUGUUGUUUGGGUCAUUAGGUUUUUAUGUAAACGCAAAAGUUUGAAAAAGAUUCGUGAAACGAAACGUAAAAAGAAAAGAAAAGUAAAGGAGCAGACAGAUUCAAAGUCAGGUCUUCUUUGUGAAUUAGCAUCAUCAGGAGAGGAGGAUCAUGUAAUAGAGGAGGAAACAAACGCUAAGUCAGCCAGAUCAGUUCUUCCAGGCAAGGAUUUAUCCGAGUGGUACAAUUCAGUUGAAGCAGUACUACAAUUCCAUGUGGAUCAAGAGGACAAAGAGAUUGGGAGAAUGGUUACUAAUAAGUUGUUUUUAUCAUCUAAAAAAAUUGAGAGUGGAAGCCACAACGGCAAUGAGGUGUUUGAGGGUAUCUAUGAACGACGUCUAGUCGCCGUAAAAUGUCUUGAUCUAUCCCGUAGUAACGAUGCUGAUAAGAAUGAUCUUGAAAUCCUAUAUAAAUCUGAUGAUCAUUCAAACAUCAUUCGCCUUCAUGGUUUUGAGCACGAUAAGGAUCAUGGCUACAUUUGUCUAGAGCGUUGGAGAUGCAGUUUAGAUGAUCUUAUAAGAUUAACUGUGAGACAGUUUAGCAAAUCAACUAAAACAGUAGCUCCUUCAGAUUCUUUGGAAGAAGAUAUGGCAAAAUUCAACUUGUGGAAAGCCGUGGGAAAUCCAUUACCUCUAACGAUAAAACUAAUGAGAGAUAUAGUUUAUGGGCUUCUUCACUUACACAAGUUGAGGAUAAUGCACAGAGACUUGAAGCCACAAAAUGUCCUAAUAAUAUCUAAAGGGGAAACUUUGACUGCAAAAAUAUCUGACAUGGGCAUAUGCAAGCGUCUGAUCACUAAGGAUAUAAUAUCCUUUGACCACCUUGACACAUGUUAUGGUAGUCCGGGAUGGCAAGCACCAGAACAGAUUCUCAAGCAAAAGGAAAGUGAAACAAUUGACAUGUUCCGCUUCGGUUGUAUACUGUUCUACUCAAUCACGGGCAACCAUCCCUUUGGACGCUCUAGUGACCGCGAUAACAACAUCACGACGGACAAUAAAGUUAACUUCUCUCAAGUAAAGCAUCCUGAAGCUUCACAUCUCAUCAACCAAUUGUUGCACGCGAGACCUAAUUUACGGUAA